AGGAGGAGUCGGCGGCGGCUGCGGGGAGACCGGGCACCGGGAGGCGGUGGCGGUGGAGACAGCAGAGGAGGAGGAGGAGGAAGAAGAGAAACCGAAGAGGAAGGAGAAGGCCGCGGCAAAGACGGCACUGACUACGGGGCCAGCGGAGACCGCGGCUGCGGCGGCCCAGGAACCGUGAGGAGAAAAACUAAUCGAACUGAGAAACCGAACAAACCGCCCCCGGGUCCCAUGAGGGAAAAAAAAACCCCGGAGCCGCAGAGAGGGGACAAGGCAGAAACCGCAGCAGCAGUGGCAGGACCUUCCUUCCAGAUCGCCCCAAUUUCCCCCGCACACCCCGGCCGGCGGCUGCUGAGGCCCCCCCGAGUUGUUUUGACCCCCUCCCCUCCACAGUGAAUCGCUUUAAUCCUUUUCUAAUCUCUGUCCCCCCUAGAGAGAAACGGGUGUUUUCAGCCCAUUUCAUGGGGGAGAAGAGGUGGGGGGGAGACCAGAAGCAGGAAAAACAGGAGCAGCAACAGCAAGAACUGCACCAGGAGCAGGAAGAGCAGCAGCAACAAAAACAGCCCCAGGAGCAAAAACUGCACCAGGAGCAGCAGAAAGAGCAAAAACAGUACCAGGAACAGCAGAAACCUUCCUGCAACCCUCCCAUUCCUAUUCAAUGCUGAUUUCCUCGACUGAAAUUUUAUUUCCUGGAACCAGGAAUUCACCCCAUUUCUUUCUUUCUCUCCACAUAACAUAAUAUCUUUAUACAUAAAUAUAUAAUAUAUAAUGUUCUUAAAUUAUUCCUGAUUUAAAAAAAAAUUUUUUUUGAGCUGCCAAGAAAAGACGUCUUCUCCCCUAAUCCUUAAAAGAUUUCAUAUGUGGGUGAGUCAAAACUGCUGAGGAAGAACAUAUGAUUGUUAAAUUAUAGAUAUAUUUUUUACUCUGCGCAAUGCUUAUUCUUCUACAUCCAUAAAUGCUUAAGAAGCUCUGUUUUUGUCAUUCAUGUGCAUUUUCCUUUGGAAAAAGAAACCACCUAUUUUACUAACCAAAGACUUGAUUUUUUUUCCCUUCCUACCCUCUCCCUUAGAAAUAAACACAAUUUGACUCAUGUCCAUAUCUUAAGAGAGAUUUUUUAGGUUUUCAGAUACCAGAAUUCCAAAUCAGAAAUAUUUAGGGUGGGGAUAAGCUGGGAUCACUGAGCUAUAAUAAGACAUUUCUAAAACACUCAUUUUGGGUUGGAGGAAAGGAGACAGACUUAAGCACUAGGUUGUCAUUUUUGUUGUAAGAAUUCAGAUCAUAAAAAUAAUAAAUGGGGGAUUACGGGUUUGGAGUGCUGGUGCAAAACAAUACUGGGAAUAAAUCAGCUUUUCCAGUCAGAUUUCAUCCACAUCUGCAGCCUCCACACCAUCAUCAAAAUGCAACCCCCAGCCCUGCUGCUUUUAUAAAUAAUAACACAGCUGCCAAUGGCAGUAAUGCUGGGUCAGCUUGGCUCUUUCCUGCUCCAGCUGCCCAUAACAUUCAGGAUGAGAUUCUGGGGUCAGAAAAAUCUAAAACUCAGCAACAGCAACAGGAACAGCAAGAUUCUCUAGAAAAGCAGCAGCUUUCCCCCAGUCAAGGUCAGGAAGCAGGGAUACUGCCUGAACCUGAGAAAGCUAAAUCUGAAGAAAAUCAAGGAGAUAGCUCUUCAGAAAAUGGCAAUGGGAAGGAAAAAAUAAGAAUAGAAUCACCAGUGUUGACAGGAUUUGACUACCAAGAGGCUACAGGGUUAGGUACUUCAACUCAGCCCUUAACAUCCAGUGCAUCCUCUCUUACUGGUUUCAGUAACUGGUCAGCAGCUAUUGCUCCUUCUUCCUCUACAAUAAUCAAUGAAGAUGCAAGUUUUUUUCACCAGGGAGGUGUCCCUGCUGCUUCAGCGAAUAAUGGUGCUCUGCUGUUUCAAAAUUUUCCGCAUCACGUCAGCCCUGGCUUUGGUGGCAGCUUUUCCCCUCAGAUAGGACCCCUUUCUCAGCACCACCCUCAUCAUCCUCAUUUUCAACAUCAUCACAAUCAGCAUCAGCAGCAGAGGAGGUCUCCUGCUAGUCCUCAUCCACCUCCAUUUACACACAGAAAUGCUGCUUUUAAUCAGCUGCCUCAUUUGGCUAAUAAUCUAAACAAGCCACCCUCUCCAUGGAGCAGCUACCAAAGUCCUUCACCUACACCAUCUUCUUCAUGGAGCCCCGGUGGUGGUGGAUAUGGUGGCUGGGGAGGCUCCCAAGGCCGAGAUCACCGCAGAGGACUCAAUGGAGGAAUAACACCUCUCAACUCCAUUUCGCCCCUGAAGAAAAAUUUUGCAAGCAAUCAUAUUCAGCUACAGAAGUAUGCUCGGCCCAGCUCAGCUUUUGCUCCCAAAUCUUGGAUGGAAGAUAGUUUGAACAGAGCUGACAACAUUUUUCCUUUUCCGGAGCGCCCAAGGACAUUUGACAUGCACUCAUUAGAGAGCUCGCUCAUUGAUAUAAUGAGAGCUGAAAAUGAUUCACUUAAAGGUCGUCUAAACUAUUCAUAUCCAGGAUCUGAUAGUUCUCUGCUUAUUAAUGGCCAAUCUUCACUGUUUCCAAUGGAAGAUGGGUUUUUGGAUGAUGGACGUGGGGAUCAGCCCCUACAUAGUGGCUUAGGGUCACCUCACUGCUUCACUCAUCAAAAUGGGGAAAGAGUGGAACGAUAUUCCCGCAAGGUUUUUGUGGGUGGAUUGCCUCCUGACAUUGAUGAAGAUGAAAUCACAGCCAGUUUUCGUCGUUUUGGCCCUUUGAUUGUGGACUGGCCUCAUAAAGCAGAAAGCAAAUCCUACUUUCCUCCUAAAGGAUAUGCAUUUUUGCUAUUCCAAGAUGAAAGCUCUGUUCAGGCUUUAAUUGAUGCUUGUAUUGAAGAAGAUGGGAAACUCUACCUUUGUGUAUCCAGUCCCACUAUCAAGGAUAAGCCAGUACAGAUACGACCUUGGAAUCUCAGUGAUAGUGACUUUGUGAUGGAUGGUUCUCAACCUCUUGAUCCACGAAAAACCAUUUUUGUUGGUGGUGUUCCUCGACCAUUACGAGCUGUGGAGCUUGCAAUGAUAAUGGAUCGACUUUACGGAGGCGUGUGCUAUGCUGGAAUUGACACUGAUCCUGAGCUGAAGUAUCCAAAAGGAGCUGGGCGGGUUGCAUUUUCAAAUCAACAGAGUUACAUAGCUGCUAUCAGUGCACGCUUUGUCCAGCUGCAGCAUGGGGAGAUUGAUAAACGGGUGGAAGUUAAGCCAUAUGUCUUGGAUGAUCAGCUGUGCGAUGAAUGUCAGGGGGCCCGUUGUGGGGGGAAAUUUGCUCCAUUUUUCUGUGCUAAUGUUACCUGUCUACAGUAUUACUGUGAAUAUUGCUGGGCUGCUAUCCAUUCUCGCGCUGGCAGGGAAUUCCACAAGCCCCUGGUGAAGGAAGGGGGAGAUCGUCCUAGACAUAUUUCAUUCCGCUGGAACUAAAUGAUCACUGCAGUACUUAUUUGCAGGCCUCAGAAUAAGUGCACUCUUCUGUUGAUCCAGACCCCUUCCCCUCCCCCUUUAAAAUAGCAUGUCCUUUUGUAGUAGGCUGUAACUUAACAAUAGUAUAAUGAAAAGAAUGACCUAUAAUAUAGGUAUUUUGUAGAUUCUUGUGUCAUUGAAAACUGUAUUGAACUCCUUUUCGUAUCGAUAUCAUGUUGCACAGAAGUUUUGUUCUCUUGUUUUUGCCAAACCAAGAGGAUCCAAACCUUGUGCAACAUUUUCUUAGAGGAGAGAGAGAAAUAUUAAAAAGAGAAAUGAAACAAUAGAGUAUUUUGGUUUUUUAAUUAAAUUAUUGUUAAUAAUAUAACAUAUAAGAAUACUUUUAUUAAAAUAACCAUGCAACAAUAACACUAUCAGUCUAUUCUGACACUUUUUCCCCAGGGAAGUGCUUUUUGCCUUUUCCUUUUAUGCUUUUGUCCCCUUAUUUUUUUUUUAAAUCUUAACAGCAAUGGGAGAAGGUAACAAUUACCUUUUAACAGGAAAGAGCAUGGUAAAGUGAUGCAAAUGCAUGAGCAAGGUUGAAGCAGCAUUGUAAUUAAUAUUUUAAGGGUUUGGAGGCUGAAUAUAAUUUUGUUGUGCCUCUGAGUUACUACCACAUCAAAAAAAAAUAGUAACGUAGGCAGAGCUAGAUAUAUUUCCAUCUAAACACUUUAAAAAGCUUCGAAUGUAAAAAAAAAAUUGGGUCAAGUUACUACUGAGGGGGGAGUGCACUUAUUUAUUUUUAAGCUAAAUCAUCUGGUUACAGCCCCAGGAAUCCUACCAAAGCUAGAAUCACGGACAACUAGUGGAAAGACUAGCAUUUCCUCUCCCGACGAACAAAUGUAUAGAUUUUAUUUUUGAUGUUAUAUAUAACUCUAUAUCCUAAUUUACUAACAUGCAUCAGGUGCCAGCCUUUGAUCUCCAUUUUGACAUGAAGAAAAAAAAAUAAAACCUAGAGAUACCUCAAGGAUAUCAGUCUGAUUUUGUGCUACAGUGAUUUCACUGAAUAGCAGAAACUCAGAAAAAAAAAUUAAUACCACCAUAGAAAUUGGCUGCUGAUUGGCUUACUCUUAGAUGUAAAGUCACUUUGAAUAUCCUGUAAUGUAGUUGUGACAUAGAUGAUGAAUAUGAAAAAGCUAAGUAGUUGCAAAGUGUUUUGCACUGUUUGAGCUCAACAAUAGCUGUGUAAAUCUGUGCAAAGGUACAUAUGUCUAUCUUUACUCUUCCUAUAGAAUAAAUAACAGUAAAAUUUCAGAACUUAGCAUGAGACAUAGUCACAAUGUUUGAAGUGCCAACUUCAUUGAGUACUGCAUGCUUUAUUAUAAAUAAAUUCUAGCUUGGAAAGGCAUUAUAACAUGUUGAACAGUAUGUUUCAAGGGGUAUGAUUAAAAUAGUCUCUUGAAGCUCUGGUAGUGAGAUUAACUUUUAUUUGAAUUGACAUUCUCUUACUAAUGCCCUGUUCAUCAUUAAAAGGAUCGUUCAGCAGUGUGUGAUACAUAGAAAAAAAUUGGACGGCAAUCUUGCUAGCUGUGCUACCUAAAAGUACCAUCUUAGACAUUUAAAAACCAAAGACUUGCUUCAGCACUGCUGUGGAAACACCUGGUCUGUGACCCCCCCCCUCCCCCUCCCC